AUGCUUUCCACCUCUCCUCCCUCGCCAUGGCGGACCGCCAUCGUCGGCGGACUCCUCGCGUCGCUUUCAUGGAUCGACGGAUGCUCCGCAGAGAAGUCGCAGGCAGAUUACUUUGUCCAUUCAUUACCAGGCGCUCCGGAACCGCUGCUGAAGAUGCAUGCCGGUCAUAUCCAAGUCGACGAAGAACACCACGGAAACCUCUUCUUCUGGCAUUACCAGAACCGACACAUUGCGGACAAGCAGCGGACAGUGAUAUGGCUCAACGGCGGACCUGGCUGUAGCUCCAUGGACGGCGCGCUUAUGGAGAUCGGCCCCUACAGGGUACAAGAAGACGGGCAGCUCACGUACAACAAUGGCUCAUGGGACGAGUUCGCCAACUUGCUUUUUGUCGAUCAGCCCGUAGGGACGGGUUUCAGCUACGUCGACACCAAUAGCUACCUGCACGAGCUUGAUCAGAUGGCGGACCAGUUCAUGAUAUUUCUAGAAAAGUGGUAUGCCCUGUUUCCCGAAUACGAGCACGACGACCUUUAUAUCGCAGGCGAGUCGUAUGCCGGCCAACACAUCCCUUAUAUCGCGCGAAGCAUCCUCAAAAGGAAUAAAGAACCGGGGAAAACGACGUGGAAUCUCAAGGGUCUGCUUAUUGGCAACGGAUGGAUUUCGCCAGUCGAUCAAUACUUGUCCUAUCUACCCUACGCAUAUCAGGAGGGCAUCAUCAAAGCCGGCUCUGAUGCGGCGAAGCGAGUCGAGGCCCAGCAGUCCAAAUGCGUACAGCUAUUAAAGGAUUCAGCCAGCGGCCAUGUCGACACUCCAGAGUGUGAAGCGAUCAUGAUGGCCAUUCUUGAAGAGACCAAGGACAAGACCGCGGAUAAGAUGCAUCAAUGCAUCAACAUGUACGACAUCAGAUUGCGAGACGACAGUUCCUGCGGAAUGAACUGGCCUCCGGACCUCACCACCGUUACUCCCUAUCUGCAUAGGAAGGACGUCAUCCAGGCCCUACACAUCAACCCAGAUAAGAAGACCGGGUGGCAGGAAUGCAAUGGUGCCGUAUCAGCCAACUUUCGAGCUCGCAACAGUGUUCCAAGUUUUCAUUUCCUUCCCGAUUUACUUUCGGAAAUUCCCAUCACGCUGUUCUCCGGUGACAGGGAUCUCAUCUGCAACCACGUAGGUACCGAGUCGCUAAUCGAAAACAUGAGCUGGAACGGUGGCAAGGGCUUCGAGAUAAGCCCUGGUGUCUAUGCCCCACGGAGAGACUGGACUUUCGAAGGCGAGCCCGCUGGUGCCUAUCAACAAGCCCGCAACCUCACCUACGUCCUUUUCUAUAACUCUAGCCACAUGGUCCCCUUUGAUUAUCCGAGGCGUUCGCGGGACAUGCUCGACCGUUUCAUGGGCGUUGAUAUCAGCGCUAUCGGCGGUAAACCUACUGACAGCGAGAUUGACGGCGAAAAAGGUCCUCUGGUCAGCGUGGGCGGACAUCCCAACUCCACAAACGCCGAAGCCGAAAAGACGAAGCAGCUGAAGGAAGCGGAGUGGAAGGCCUACUACCGCUCGGGUGAGGUGGCUUUGGUCGUUGUGGUGAUUCUGGCUGUCAUCUGGGGCAUCUUCAUCUGGCGCGAUCGCCGGCGACGCGCGGGCUACAAAGGCGUCGACGGAGGAGACGAGGGCCGCGAAUCCCUCAUUGCCGGAAUGGGCCUGGACAACUUCAGGAGGAGAGACCGUUCCAGGGAUCUCGAGGCUGCCGAUUUCGACGACAACGAGCUGGACGAUUUGGAUGCGAAGAAACCCGUGAAUGGGCAGCCGGAUGGACAUCAGAACGGCAGGGCGGAGAAGGAGAAAGUUGGAGAAGAGGACGCGGCGCGGUAUAGUCUCGGAGAGGCGAGCAGUGAUGGGGAGGGGAGUGAUAGGGGUAGGAAGAUGGCGGCGAGGGAGAAGACAUAG